GUGGCGGGAGAGGCAUUGAAUCCAAGGAAUGACAGGGGCGGCACCCUUUACGUCGUGGGCACGCCCAUCGGCAACCUUGAAGACUUGUCGCCAAGGGCGGCACGGGUGUUUCGCGAGGUCGCGUUGGUGGCCGCCGAGGACACCAGGGUUACCAGGCGUCUGCUGAACCACCUGGGCGCGCGUCCGCGGCUGCUCAGCUUCAACGAGCACAACUGGCGGGAGCGACUUGAGCCAGUUUUUCGGGCGCUGGAGGAAGGCGACGUUGCGUUGGUAUCGGACGCCGGCAUGCCUGGCGUGAGCGACCCCGGCAGAGAGCUGGUGGCCGAAGCGGCAGUGCGCGGUGUGCGGAUCGAGUCUGUUCCUGGGCCAUCGGCGGUGACCACCGCACUGGCAGUAUCGGGACUUCCAGCCGAUGCUUUUCUGUUUCUCGGCUUUCUGCCACGCCGUCGUCGGGAGCGACAGGAGCGGUUGCGGGAGGCGGCCACCUACCCGCUCACGGUGACCCUGUUUGAGGCGCCCCACCGGGUGCGGGCGACGCUGGAGGACAUAGCGCUCGUAUUGGGCGAACGGCCAUUGGCAGUAUGCCGCGAAUUGACCAAGCUGCACGAGGAGGUGUUUCGUGGCACUGCAAGCGAGGCGCUGGAGCAUUUCGCGUCGCCACGCGGCGAGUUCGCGGUGGUGAUAGCGGGGGCGGGCCCGGACCAAGCCUCUGAGCGCGACCUUGAUAGCGAGGACAGUGAUGUUCGCCGCUUUCUCCUGGACCGCAUUGCCGGCGGAGUUCGGGGCCGCGAAGCGGUCGCCGACGCAUCUGCGAGCUUCAACAUUCCGAAGAACCGUGCUUACAGACUCUGGCUGGAGAUUCGUGAAAAGGGAGAGAGUCAAGGGGACUGA